AUGGAAGACCCCAAUAGGCCCGUCACAGGUUAUCCCGCCCCAAACGCUCACCCCCCCAAUGGUUACUCCCUGAAUCCACCGCCCUCUGGAGCCGCUUACCCUUACGCUGCACCUCCUCCCCCCAAUGCUUACUACAAUUACCAAAACAACCCAUACUACCCCCAGGGCUACCAGUACGACGCCGACUCUGUCCGUCGAGCCACCUGCCUCCGCCGCAUCUUCGCCUUCGUGAUCGGUCUUGUUGUCAUCUUCGGAACCAUUACCUUCAUCGUCUGGCUCGUGCUCCGCCCCCAGCUCCCUGAGUUCCGAGUGGACUCCUUCUCCAUGUCCAAUUUCUCACUGGGUAACAACUCGCUCGUGUCUUUCACUUCCCAAGUUCGCCUCACGGCGCGUAACCCUAACAAGAAAAUGGCCCUGGCGUACGAUCACAUCGAUGCUGUAAUUUUCUACAAAUCGGAUUCGCUCUCGCAGACCACGAUGCCCCCUUUUUCGCAGGACACCAAGAACGAGACUUCUUUGACGGCAAAUUUUGCGGCGGCCGGGAGUUUUGUGGAUAAGUCGGUGGUGGAUGGGAUUAAUGGUGAGAGGGGGAAGAAUGGGAAUGUGAACUUCAAUUUGAGGAUGCUAUCCCGUGUCAGGUUUGAGUCCAAGGCAUGGAGGACUAGGAGGAGGUUUUUGAAGGUUUUUUGUGGAGAUUUGUUCGUCGGAAUUCCGGCCAAUGGGAGAUCCGGGGCGUUAACCGGGGGGGCGAAGCAGUGUCGCGUAGGGAUUUGA